CCCUCUCUGUGUCUCACGUCUGGGUUAUAAGAGAGGAAGGGGACAGGUUUCCAACCAGAGUCAACAUGGAGCGUCUAGAUCGAUGGCUACCUGUGGCUUUUAUUCUACUUCUGCCUCUCCUGUGCGUCAGUGGUGUCCCCAACCAAAAAACGACAGUUUCCUGGUGCGUACUGUCUGAUGCCGAAGAGCAGAAGUGUCUGGACUUGGCCGGGAACGCCAGUGCUCAGAAUAUCAGAGGGACACUGCAGUGUGUCCGUGGACUCAACACCAGAGACUGUAUGGACAAAAUCAAGAACGGGACGGCAGACGCAGCCUCCAUGUUUGCAGAUGACAUUUAUGCUGCCGGCUUCUGCCACGGACUGGAGGUGGCUGCAGGAGAGUCCCACAACGGAGUUGACGGUAUUAGCUACUACGUCGUGGCCUUGGCUCGGACCUCCACCUCAGACCUGUCCCUGAUGGAGAUGCAUGAGCGCAGCUCAUGUCACCCUGGAAUUCGCACCACAGUGGGGUGGACGGUCCCUAUUGGCUACCUGGUCAACACCUCCCAGAUCAGCGUCGGGCAGCAGUGCAACUUUCCCAAAGUGGUGGGAAACUUCUUCGGUUACAGCUGCGUGCCGGGGGUCAAAGAUGCUCAGCACGACCCCAGAGGCAUCAACCCCAAGAACCUGUGCGAGGCCUGCAUAGGAGACGAGAACGACAGACACAUCUGUGCCAGCAACCACAGAGAGCGACACUACGGAGAGUCUGGAGCACUGAGAUGUGUGGCUGAAAACCUUGGUGACGUGGCCUUUGUCAAACACACCACAGUCUUUGACAACAUAGAUGGUAAGAACCAGGAGUCCUGGGCCCUGGACCUGGAGCUGGAGGACCUGAAGCUGCUGUGUCCAGAUGGAACCGAGGCAGGACUGGACGAGUUCCAGCGCUGUCAUCUGGCAGCUGUCCCCGCUAAUGCUGUGGUGGUGCGCAUGGAGGACAAGUGCCGCGUCUGGAAGUUCCUGGAACGUUUACAGAACGCGUUCGGCAACGCCACUGAGGGCUUCAGACUGUUCGGCUCUGCAGGUUACAGCGACUCUGAUCUGCUCUUCAGCGACGCCACCCACCACCUGCAGAGGGUUCUGGGUAGCUACACCUCUUGGCUGGGCUCCACUUACACCAACAUGCUGCAAGCCUUCGAGUGUGAGGGCUUCUGCUGAUGGAACAGGAGGACGACUUCCAGUGCAUCAUCCCUCUGUCUCCGUCCUCCCCUCCCGCCUUUCCUCCCUGCCAUCUGCGUCUCUUUGUCUCGCCAUCGCUCCUCCUCUUUUGCCCCGGCUUUUUGCGUUCGUCUUAUCCCUGUGUUGUUGUUUUUUUACCACUCAUUCUCCAUUAUAAUACGGCUGUCCUCCUUUAACCUCCUUCUACGUCUUCUGAAAUACUGGCUGGCAGAUUAGGGAGGCUACAAAAGAUUUGUUUUGCACAACGAAAAUACACAAAAACUCCCAAGUUUUUUUUUUUAAACAUAAUUACACAAAAUAUGCCAAAAAAUGAUGAUCACAUCUCUUAAAUUGACUAUGAUUAAAAAGGACAAUAAGGAGAAGUGGCAGGAAAUUCAAAAUAAACUCGUUUCAGGUUGUUCUCCAAACAGGAUCUUGAUACAGAUUUCAGUGGGAUUACACUACAAGCACAAAAAAUAUCCCCCCAAAAUUGCCUCACAUGUAAAAAGAAAUCCUGUCAACCGUUGCGAAAAAAUUUUUUGGGUUGAGGAGAAAUUGUGUUUUUCUUCUUCUUCAUCUUUCUUCAUCAUUAGUCUAAGCUUCAGUACCACCCUCCCACCCUCCUCCCACAGGGUCCGUCUCUGGCACUGAACAACAGGGUGCUAUUAAGUAUGAGCUUAGACGAUUUAGUAACUGUAUGUGUGUGUGUGUG